AUGCUAAUGAAGCAGACCCAGGGCUCUGGAGCUGUGGCUCAAAGGGUAGAACACCAGCCUUGCACCAAGAAGUUCAAUGAACAUGGCUGGUUGAAACCAGCAAAGGCUGUGUUACAGAUGGGCCUCUGUACCAUCUUUGUCCCGGCGCAGCACACCCACCUCUCUGUCAUGUGGUACCUGAUGCGGGAAGGAGAAUGAAGUCAAGCCACCGAGAUUAUUUCUCUCACCAAAGAUUUCAUGUUGAUCCCUGGGCCCUCCCAUGCAGGGAGGUUUGCAGCAGGGGAGGUGCGGCUGUACAAGCUCGGGGAGGCAACCUUCAGGCUGUCCAUUGGCAGGUUCCAGCCUGCAGAUCAAGGACAGCUGUUCUGCGAAGAAACAGAGUGGAUUCAAGAUCCAAAUGAAACAUGGACUCAGAUCAUGAGGAAGCAGGUGGGCAGUACCCAGGCCCCACAGCUCCAGGGCUUCUGGCCCCUUACCGGGGCUGAGAUUGUUCAGAUCGAUGCAGGUGGAGUCCUGGGCUUAAAGGAGUAUGGAGACAUAGAGCAAAGACAGCUCCAGGUUUCAAAGCCAAGCCCCUAGUCUUUCUCCCUGACAGUCUUCUCUGCAGGCCCCGAGGAUGCGGGUGCCCACAGCUGCACCAUGGCAGAGGUGGCCAGGCCCCCUGAGGGCUCCUGGCAUGAGCUGCAGAGGAAGCGAUCACCAGCCAGCCAGGUUUGCCAGAGGAGGCCAGCAGCCAGAAGCAUGGUUGUGUCAACCAAGGAGCACUCUGUACUGGAAGGAGAGCCAUUCUCCCUCAUCUGCAAGGCAGAAGGCCCAAAGUCCUCCUCCGUGAGCUGGUGGCAUGACCCACAGGACCAGACCAAGCCCUGGCUUGUUACUGGCCUGGAACUGAAGGGCAGCACGCAGCUGGGUGCCUCCUCGGGGAGCCCUCGAUACCAUGGCAACGUGAGGCUGCAGAAAGUGGAUUGGGCCACCUUCUGGCUGGAGAUUCCCUCUACCACAGUCACGGACAGCGGAGCCCACAGGUGCAGAGGUUCUGAGAGCCCCCAGCACAGAGCCCCUGAGCAGCCAUGGACUCACAAGGUUCUAGCCACUGUAACAUUUCUGAAAUCAAGUUUAGAAGUUCACCGGAUGAGCCAGCAGCCCUACGAGAAGCUAGGGCCCUUCCCCCUGUCCUGUGUAGUGGCCGCCGCUUCCUCUGCCCUCAGGCUGCUCCUUCCAGUGAUGUGGCAGUUCCCGCCAGCAGGGUCUCAAGUCUUUCAUCAGCUGGUUCACAUUACCCAUGACAGCACUGUUGAAUGGAGGUGUAUGGCGGGGGGGGGGGGGGGGACUCUCCUAUCUCAGAUCCACAAAAAGACAAAGGUCUCGCAGACGUGGAUUCGUUCUCAGCUCCUAGUCCACGAUGCCACUAAGGAAGAUUCUCCUGAAUGGGAGCACACAUUGAAUGCAGUAACUCCCACUCUCAUCUUGCCAGAGCAGUUCUCUUCCAAGCUCCUGUCACCCGCCCGUUACUUCACCUCCUUCUUCACCUCAUGUCCAGACUCCUGCAGCAGGACAUUUGCUAUGAACCACUGCUAUGAACCUUUAGGACAGCUUGGGGCCGCCUCCUCUCGGAAGUCUCCCUUUGCUCCUGUAUUUGGGCUACAUGGCCCUUUGAGGGCUCUGAUAACUUCCACACCUGUGCCAGAGAGCAAGCUGAAAGAGAGCUCUGCUAGUCAUGCCCAAGAGAUCCCCAUCUGCUCCAACUCAGACACAAAAUACAGCAUCGAGUCCUGGUCCGCUGGAAACCUUUCAGGCACCACUGAGGCAUCCUGGGUGAAGAUUCUGGAAAUAGAUCAAACCAAUGUUGUAAAAUAUGGGGCUGAAUUUCAUACCCCAUGGAAAAAGGGAAAAUUUCAUGUAGAGAAAGACAAACACCACUGUGUGGUGGGGAAGUGGCUCUUGUACAAUGGCACGUGGAAGAAGUGUGGUGGACAGAAGUCAGGACCAACAGAACUCAAACUCAGCCCCACAGGAAGUCAGGUGAGGGUUCCCAAGGCCCACUGGGCAGGAAAGGCCCCUGAGCACAAGGAGGUGGACAUCCGCUGUGGCCCCCAGGGCCUGGGUGGUGUGGCCUCAUUGUACUGGGUGACCCAGCAGCAGGUUGCAGAGCUCACGUUCCCUUCCAGAAUCUGCUCAUGGCCACCUUUAGUCCACUUGCUGGUCCUCUGCCCAUUUGUGUUGCUCAUCCUUCUGCUCCUUUCCCUCCUCAGCAUGCACAGCAAGGCCAGGAAAUUCUGUAAGUGCCGCCCUGCUCUGAAAAGCAGACAUGAGUUUGUCCGGGAAGCAGGCUCGCCCUGGUACCUGCAGGUGCCCACGCUGCCCAGGGCCUGUUGA